AUGAAGAUCUCUCUACACUCUAUUCCUCUUUGGAGCAGAGCAUAUUCUGUUUACAAUGAUGACGACCAAGCCUCUGUUCUACUCUACCCUGAGCUUCUUUUGUCUCCAUUGAACAAGUCCAUUGUGAUCAAAACCUCUGAUUCGUCCGACGUUGUCUCUGUCGGAGAAUACAAGGUCAAAACUAGUCUCUCCUCCACUCUUCAAAGCAUAUUCGACAAGUAUGGAGACAUCACAUCAGAAUCUAAGCUCCAAUCUCUCUCCACACGAACAUACCACCUCGAGACUCUAGCAAAGGUUGUUAUCGAGCUCCAGUCAACACCUCUGCAUCGGCUGUCUGAAUCACGAGCCGGUGAGAUUCUAGCGAUAGUUAAGGACAUAGAGACGGCAAAGAUCCGAGCAGGUUGGCUCCGGUCUACUCUUGAAGAUGUUGUUGAGGCAACAAGGUUUAUUAAAAAACGCGAUACGGUAGUUAUGGAUAAAGAAGCGUGCGAGCAAGGUUUGUUGCUUGCGAAGCAAGAAAUGGAGAUAAGUAUGAAGAAGCUCGCAGAGAAGGAGAAAGAGAUGAAUGAGUUUCGGGAGAGGUUGAUGAAGACAACGGGGAAGUUGGGGUCUUUGGAGAUGAAGCGGACGUGUCUUGAUAAGAGAUUUGUGUUUCUGACAUCUAAAGUCGAGAAGUUUCAUGGUCAAUCUGUUUUUAAGGACAUUUUAUGA